AUGCAUAGGAGACUUCAUUCACGAGGAACAGACCUAAUGAAGAGCCUCGAAAGCCCGAAAUCCAUGACCAGAUGCGAUCCCUGCAAUCCCAACAGCAAACUUCAUGAUCUCUUGGAAGAAGUUGCGAGGCCCAGCAGUCCACAGAUACAUGCCUUCUUUGAAUUCUGGGAUUUGCCUAUUGAUGUUUAUGAAUUCCAAAGACCUCAAACCCCUCAAGGGCGUCCUGUAAAGCAGACGGGAUACUCAAUAGGAUCUCAACAGGCUAUGGCAGGAACAACAAGUUCACAUCCCAUGAGCACGAUGAUAACGCCAUCUUCUGUGCUUACAUUGCUUUCCACCGCGACGAUGACCCAAGAUGAAUAUGACUUCGUCUCUAGACAGGCACUCCCAGCCGCUUUGGAGCACAAUGCCUCACAGUCUUCUAUACACUCGGGCGAGAAUCACUGGCUCGAGCAAGUCUCGAGUCAAAAUAUUGACAAUUGGGAUGAAGCCUUGUGGUCCAACGGAGUACAAGCCGAGUGUCCUGCAAUCGGCACAGGUUUUGGCAUGAUAGGACAUCACACGAAAGACACCAAUGGCGAGUCACAACCCCAAAUUGAAUACCAAGAAGAACAGUGCUGGAUUGACACUCUGAAUUCUCUGACGACGUCAGCAUCUGCCAUGUUCCAAUAUCCGAUUUCACCACAAGACUUGCCCUACCCUGGCUUCCCUCCUGAAUGGCAGAAUGCACCAACCGACAGCUUCGUCUUUAAUGAAGAGAAUAUUUCCAGGCUUAAACAUGGUGCUCAUUCGGCUCUCAAGAAAACGCUGCAACCAAGGCACGCGAAAUAA